GAUCCGCUUAGUUAUAUCACAUAACGCGAACAGUUUCGUGCAAAGAGCUCCUUGAGAAGCAUUAGCGUUAAUCUCAAAACAAACAACAGUUUGGAAAUGAUGUCCGACAGUUUGGUAAAGACCAAAAAGGCCGGCCGCAGAGCUGAUCAACCCAAGCCCCCCCACUCGUAUAUUGCACUUAUAACAACAGCGAUCCUCAGCUCACCGAGAAAGAAGUUAACGCUCACUGAGAUCAACGAGCACUUGGUGGAGAACUACGAGUUUUUCCGCGGAUCUUACCGGGGCUGGAAGAACUCGGUACGACAUAAUCUGUCGUUUAAUAAGUGCUUUGUAAAAAUUUUGAAGGAUCCGUCGCGGCCUUGGGGAAAGGAUAAUUACUGGACAGUGCUGCUUGAUUCGUUAGAAGAAUAUGUCAGCGAAGAUGGCAAUUUCAGAAGAAGAAGAAAGCGUCAACCAAAAGUGAAAGAGAAGGCUUACUUAGACGGACGCGAAAGCAAAGUACAUGCACGAGACGCUAUCGGCAAGACGUUAAGAUCUGGCGUUGAUAACAACCCUCAUAUUAAGUCCAACCCAGAAGUAUAUUCACAGGGCAAGGGAAAUAUCGAUCUUGACAGGUUCUCCAUAGACAGAUUGUUGAGGAAUGAAAACAGAGUUCGAAACGACGAAAGGUUUGGUCAUCAGAUGCUUGCUGGCGUCAAAUCAAGAUUGCAAGGAAGUAUAGGGCAGGGAUUUGAUCAUCCAAGCAUUCUAGACUAUCAACACGAUGUAUGGGAACGAAGAGUCAGUGCCUUCCCUGACCAGCCGCGCUACCUUGGACAGAACACGCCCUUCGGUCCGCCAUCUUGGAUUCACGUGGACUCGUCUCAUCAAAACAAAAGUUUUUAUCCCUAUCUUCCCAGAACCCAAGCUGUAACAUAUCCUUAUUGUAUUUGACACAUAUUUGCUUGAAUCACGAGUUUCGGACCAAGUUUUUAAGCGGUAUCUGACGUACAGAUGCAAAACGAGCUUUGUUCUUCUUGAAUUAUCCAAAAUUUUCAUUCACUGGAUUUCAUUAUGAAUCGUUGUGUUUUUUCAUAGCGUAGACCAUGAAGAUCGCCAAGUUUCUACCUAACCGUAUUUUAAGCGUUGGAAACUUGAGAGAGUCGGAAACUACCAGUUAUCCACGACUAAAUGUGUUGAUCCAGUCAUUUGAAAAUUGGGGAAAGUUGUAUUCUUGUUCAUAAUCUACCAAACAGUUGUAAGUUUGUUACAGUUUGACCGGAAGAUCCUUCUAAUUACA